AGGAGCUGAGUCUUUCUCCCCCUCCCCGGGCAGGUGCCCCCAUGGCCGGCGAGCUGCGGUGCCAGUGCCUGCAGACCGAGACGGCGGUGAUCCCCCCCAAGCGCAUCGCCAACGUGGAGCUGAUCCCCGAGGGGCCCCACUGCGGGGUGCCAGAAGUCAUAGCCACCACGAAGCAAGGCAAGAAAGUCUGCCUGGAGCCCACCGCGCCCUGGGUCAAGCUGAUCGUCACCAAGAUCCUGAACAG